AUGGCGAGAACAGUUACGAUCCAGCCCAUAAAGACGUCGCGCUUCGACAAUGGCCCUCCUUCUCCCACCUCCCCCUCGUCGCCGGGCUUAGAUCCCAUACACGAAGAUGAUUUCUUCGCCGAGAUACCUACUCGCCACUCCAGCAUGUCUCAGGCUUCCGUCGUUCAGUCCCCGACCUUGAAGUCCUCCGAGUCUUUCCCCCCAGUUGCGCUCAACUCACCUCGAAGGUUCUCGAGUGGUUCCUCGGCCACCUCUUCGACUAUGUUAUCGCGGGAGAGUAUUCGGUCAGAGAUGGCACGCAGUUCUUCUUGGAGUAGCAAAACCAGCUUCGAUUCCUUCGAGUCCAGCCAGUGGAAGCCAGGGGACCCACGACAGAAACGAACAUCCCCGAGCACACGGCAGCGAUCAUUCUCACAACCCAACGAAUUGUUUGCCGCACUGCCCGCCGAGGUGUUGGAGGUCAUCCUGGGAAUGUUGAAGCAAUCACAUCUUGGGAAGGGUAGCGGCAGUUGCGCCACAUGCUGGAUGCGAGACCUGUCUAACAUUAGUUUAUGCUCACGCAAAUGGAAUGCAUUUGCGCGGGUUGCUUUAUACGAAGACAUCCAACUCGUUGGGGCGGACUCGGCGGCGCACAAGAAACGAUUCAAGCAGCUACAUGGCGCACGGCUUCUCCUCCUACGCCAAACUCUCCGUGUAAAUCCUCGUCUUGCGAGCCUCGUGCGAUCGCUCAAGGUGCCUCGGCCUGAUACAACACUCAAGGGAAUGAAUUCCAAGAUCCUGGAACAGUACGAUGACCUAGUAGCGACCAUAGUUAUGGCUUGUCCCAAUCUGGAGUCGUUGCGUGGGCCCAUGUUUGGAUAUGACGGCUCGUUCAAGAAGAUUUUCCAUGCGCUCUCAACCAGAAAGCAACUGAAGGAGAUGGAUUGGCUGGUUGAGCCCUCUAUAUUCCAAAGGCAACAAAGGGGAGCUCAAGGGUCGAUUACCAGAAACAGUAACGACUCAUCCCUCCCACCCAAAUUGGAAAGACUACAGGAGAGGGCUUUUUUGGACCAUUAUCGGAAUUGGUCCAAACUAAAUAGCCUCUCGGUACACUGCCUUCCCGGCGCGACCCUCGCUCCCGAUAACCUUCUCACAAAGGCUUUCAGAAUGCUUCCUUCGCUUCAAAACCUUCAUUUGUGCAGUGUUCCGCCAAACGUUUUCAAUGAUACCACUCUACUACUGCUUCCCCCGGUUGAGACUCUCUCUCUCACGCACAUUACUGGUAUUACAUCGAAUGGUAUCUCGGCCUUUGCCACUUGCGCCAGCAGCCAGCCAUUAAGAAAGCUAUAUCUUCACCAUACUCCUAUGACCUCCCUCCCCGCCCUGGCUCGCAUCCUUUCCAACCUUCCCAAGCUCUCAAUCUUUUCCCUAGCUCAAGCUUUCCCUCCGCUCAUGCCGGAGGCUGAUUCGUUCAUGCUGUGGAUGAUGCCUUAUCUUGCAUCGACGAGUGUCACUAAGCUUCAUUGGGAUAUCACAAGCGACAGUGAUUGCGCCAAUUCGGCAGAUGACAUAUUAGCAAGAAGUAUACAAACUGGUGGCUUCCCCCAGCUUCGGUUGCUUAGAACGCCAAAUGACCCAGAAGGCAUAUUCCAGGAUUUGUGCCGACCAGUGGAGAGGAUUGAUCUCCCCACCGAUCGCUUCAGCAUUGCCGAGCCACCCCUGUCGCCCAUCGAAGCUACGGUUCCCACAUCCCCUCCUCGGUAUCUCCAGAAGCCGCCCAUGUCACCCAAAUCGCCACCCUUGCCAUCCCCAACAGAGGCUUCCAACAGAACGGCGUUUUGUACAGACCUUCGCGCUGCCCGGCGGGCUGCUCAAUCUCGCCUCGAGAAGGCCGAGACUAAACCCCGGUUUAACGUUUUUGUUACGGAUGAGGAUGGUUCGAUGGUGGAUCGGUUUGGGUUAGCCGGGUUCAUUGGGACCUUGGGUAGCAAUAUCAGGUACCAUCUACUCCCCGACGCGGGUUCGAUGGAUAAGAAGGGCGGCAUGGUUGAUCCUCGAGAUCUAGCCGGCGACGCCGGAGAGGAUCUCGCCAACGGCAAGGAAGGUUGCACUGGCACCUGGAAUCAACGCGAGGGUGUCAUUGCUGACAAAAAGGAGAAGGAAAAAUGGUGGCAUACAGAGAGGGGUCGGUGGACAAGGGUAGAGAUGCCAUCCUAA